CGAAAGAUAUCUGUGGCACAGUAGACCAUAGUGUUCUAGAACAUUCAGUUUCUGGGCAGACAUUGGAGUUUACGAGUAAUAGCAGCAAGUAUUCUACAAAGGAAAAGGAAAAAUGGAAGGAAGCUCGUUUUGAAAAUAUGCGUUCCGAUGCACCACUAAAGAACGAGAAUAUUUUGCCUCUCCCAACAUUCGCAGACUCACCAGAGGAAUGGGUCACCCAAAACGAGCAGAUCCUUCGAGAAUAUGCAAGUAGGCAAACUCACCCACCGUUAGGUCGGAGAGUCGAUGUCUCGUUGAAUGAACCAUCGCAGUUCAUCGAAGGCACCUUACAGAUGCUGGCUAAUCGCAAUCCCCCUCACAGCACGCCUGAGCCGUCCAGGCAGCUCGAGCCUCAGCUUUUGGAGAAUUUUACCGAUAUACAUAGGUGGGCUGCUGAGUAUUUUAGAGUGCGGUUUGGCCAACAGACGGUUGGUACUAACGUUCCUGUUAUCCUUACUAUUAUCACAAAUAAUUUUUACGAGGCCCACAUGCAUCUCAUUGAUCGUUUAGUAGAAGAGGCCAUGCAGAGAAUGAAAGCAAGAAGUAGCGACUCUCUUGAUUUGCAAGAUUUUUCUUUCGGGUUUGACUUCAACAUGAGCCAAGACCUUCCUUUCUUUAUGCAAGCGAAUGUACGUAUUCAGGAAAGUUUGGAACGUUGUAGGCCUAGGUCACCCCCUGAUCUACCGCCUCCCCAGACAACUACCACGCGUUACGGUAGAAAGUCAAAGAUGAGGAAGCAAGCACGAGCUGCUGCCCUAGAGGAGCAUGAGAAGCAGCAAAAGGACCGUCAGAGGCAAAGAGCAGCGGCAGCUGCUGCAAAUGCUCAAACCCCCUCGGCCUCUACGUCACUUCCCCUGCAUGCUAAUAUUGCACGAGGCGUCAAUGACCGGG